CUCCACUAGACAAGCCCUCGACGUAGCCAUGGACGCCUUUGCGAACCUCGAUCCUCUAGGUGGCAAGCCCUCGGCCUCCAAGACACCAGCGUAUCCGUAUUCAAUCCAGCAACAACCAUCGCAGCAACCGUUUGGUCAGCCCACACCACCACCAGCGUAUGGAAUGCCUGUGCCGUCGCCGCAGCAAAUGAACUUGGGAGGGCUUGGAAUGGGCGGUGGCAUGAACUUUGGCAUGCCACAAGCACCGGUUCCAUCGCCAAUGCAGGGUGGGGGAAUGUUCGGUCAAUGCGGGCAACAAGCGCCCCCGCCGAUCAUGUACGACAGCAUCAAGAAUCUCUUGCAGAAGAAGCCAGACCCACUUGGCGCCAGCGGUGGCGCCGAUCCGUUCAGUUGCUUCACGGGCGGAGCACCCAAACCGUCGUCCCGCACAAACAGUGGCCACCUCAACCUCGACACAAAGGCUCCACCACCUGCCGGCGGCGUCUUUGACCCCUUUAGCGGUGGGGCCACUCCUGCGUCAACUCCUACGUCUGUUGGCAGUCAAGCCACAAGUGGUGGACUCUCAAGUGCCGCCGCCAACCUCUCGAUCUUUGGCGACGCUUCGCCGUCCACGGGCAACAUCACUACUGCGUCGAGCACUCCCAAGAACUCUGCGCUAGCGGAUCGGUUGCGAGGAGGGAAGCGCCAGACGCAAGAAGCCCAGCGAGCCAACUUGUCCAUCAACUCGACCGCCGUUUCAGUUGGAGGUACUUCUGUCUCGAUCAAAAAGCAGCUCGGAGGUCCCUUGUCGUCGCCCGCGGAAGCGUCGCAACCCACUGCUUCCCCAGACAACCUCUUGGGGUUCUAA